AUGACUUGCGACUAUCCAGCUUCCGCCGAGGGGACAAGAACACCGCGAGAUCCCGAAGAAAUCGACGCUCCCAGGAAACGGAGAAGACAGCUCGCCGUCACGGACUUGCCCACCCCGACCGCCUCCGAGUCAGAAGCAGGACCGAGCCCCCUCCCACCGGUCGGCGAUGUCGAGUGCAGCAAACAUGUCCCGUACAUUCUCGACACCCAGAGCCUCGAGCUCCUCCAUUACUACAUGUGCCACACGUCGACGACGCUUGGAGACGCACAGGUCUUUCGGGACGUGGUCCCUGCCCUCGGCUUCAAGCAUGACUGCGUUCUGCGCAUGAUCCUAUCCAUCACGGCCCGGCAUCUCACGCGAAUCCGGCCCGAUCAGGCCCCGUACUAUCACAGCCUGGCAGACGAUCACGCCGCCGCGGCGUUCCCGGAGGUCACCGCCAUGCUGACGCAGGUCGACGAGGACAACUCGCAGGCGCUCUACUACGCCACAGUACUCAUAUGCUUGUCUUCGCUUGCUAGGGAGCCGAGUCCUGGGAACCUACUCGUCGUCGCGGAGGAUGGGGAGGUCCCGUGGUGGGCGCUCAUGCGGGGGGUCCGGAUCGUCCUCGAUGUCGUCGGCAUCAACAGAAUAAUGGCAGACACUUACAAGGCCUUGCUCGCCGGGACGUCCGUCUGGGAGGCCCGCGCCUUUCCUCCCACUGUCGCGGAAGCGGAGGAGCUGCAAUGGGAGCGAGCCCUGGCCGAGGUGGCAAGUCUCGUCGCCGACAUGUUCGCCCCGGACGAAAGACCCCACAACGCCGCUCUCGGGCACUUGCGAGAGCGUUAUGAGUUUGUCUUUGGGGGGAGCUCGGGUGAGCCCUUGGCCGAAGAUGGGAAAACGUUCACUACCAUCUUUGCCUGGCUCUUUUUGAUUGAAGAGGACUUCGUGUCCUCGCUGGAGACCGGGCACCCCGCCGCUCUGCUUCUCCUGGCAUAUUAUGGCGUCCUGCUGCGCAAGAUCGAGCACCACUGGUUCAUGGCUGGCUGGCCGCUUCAGAUCGUGACUGGAGUUUCUAGAUUGCUAGACUCGCAAUACGUGAAUCUGCUCCAAUGGCCAAUGGAGCAGGUCGGUCUCGCUCGGGUCGCAGACGAGCCGCAGCUGUGA